AUCCCUUCCCGCGCAUGCGCACUGCCACGGAACCGCUGACCAUGGUCGUCCACCAAUAUAUAAACCGAUUGCAGUGCCUGUGCCAGACAUAUCAGGUGUCCUCAGGUCGAGCAACACUCGAUAGAAAAACAAGCAGCAAUGAAGUUCCUGGUCGUCGUCGCCGUCUGCGCCGUUGCAGUGGUCGGUCAAGAACCGAUCACUCCCAAGACUGCAGUCCGCAUGUUGCCUGCUGAUGUCCUCAGAGAUUUCCCAGGUACUUGCUUCGCGUCUACCGCUUGCAGAGUCUUCCCAGUGGGCGAAUCAUGGCCUCUGACUCCCUUCUGCGGACAAGCAACUUGCUUCCAGGGCGAAACCGGCCUCAUCGAGAAAGUAGAAGAUUGCGGACUUAGGCCCAAGCCAUCACCAAACUGCACCGUCGUCAACGAGGCUGACCUCCAGAGGCCAUUCCCUGCUUGCUGCCCCCAGUACGUGUGUGACCCUGGUUUUGAGCUUGAAUUCCCUACAGAAGAGGAACUCGCUGCUGCCGCAGAGGCCCAAGCAAAGGCUGCUCAAGCCGCUGCCGCCGCCGCCACCGCCGCCACCGCCGCCACCGCCGCCACCGCCCCCACCGCUGCCUCUGCAGCUGGGGCCAAGAGCAGUAAUGCUACAAAACCUUCCGCUUAAACCCCAAAGUUCUAUAUUAGUGACUUUGUUCUUUUCUAUGCGUGAUAUUCGUUGCCUUGUUCUUCUCUCUAUUAGCGUCGGUAACCACAAAUAUUUUCAGGUAAAACAUGCCUCAACACUUUUUUGGUUUUUUUCUUUCUUUUUAGUCUCUUCAUCUUUUAGAUGAAAAGUUUGACGUGCAACUGUUAAUACACUUGAAAACAGAGUUUUCCACUUAAUAGACGGGGGCACCUGAUAUCUCCUCCCAUCGUAGAAGGAAGAGCCUUUCCGACAAAAACGUCAUCGGUUUUGAAAGGAAUCUUUCUUAGUUCCAAAAAUAGUGGCAUGGCUCUUUUAGAAAAAAAAAUCACCUGUGAGAGCUGAAGUCACUGUCAUGUGAUUUAAUUUAUUUAGAUGUUGAGAAACAAGGUCAUUAAAAAGACAAGCGUUAAUGGGCUUAGAGGCAAAAGUCGGUUUUACCAUUUGUGUUUUACAUCAAGACAUAAAGUUAAUCUUUAAAAAAUCUCGUCAAAUGGUAAAAACAUCUCUGACGUGAAAUAAAAAAAAAUAAAUAUACUACCUAAAAAUCCUAUAACAGAGAUGAUGAAAAAAUGAAAGAGAAAAUAUGUCCUUUACAGAAUUUUUUUAAUUUUUUUUUUUAUAGAUUUUCCUUUAAGACUGUUUCUUUAACUUUAUAAAAAUGUGAUAAAAUGUUCUAUUUAAUUGUGUCUAUAAUACAGGAAAAUACUUAU